CACCAUGUACGCUAUUCUGUGGCUGAUACUUCAUAUCGCACCGCUCGCCACAACCGUCAUCAUUUCAUUCUCGUUCUUUUCUCACCUGACUGUGAAUUCCCAUGAGAUACGAGCUUUAAAUUUUAGAAUGACUAUGCUGCAUCAAGUUACUAUGAAGAAGGUAGCGCGUAGGCAGAGCAACUACCGCCGAAAUGAAGGAACUAAAUGGUGUUUUCUCGUCCUAUCACUCGUUUGUCCCGCUCGAAGUCGUUUCCUGGAAUGUAACGGAGUCGUCCUCUCUUGAUAACAGUUUUCAGAUACGUCCUAUCCUCCUUCGCGGCCUCGAAUUAGAUAUUUACCGGACCCCAUAGCACGAGCACGAACUUGAUCUGAGUAACCUUGCCGUGUAGUCAGUAUCCGUCGCCGCAACCUUCAUCAUUUCAUUUCUUUCGCGGUCUCGACUGUCCCUCCCUCUUGGUCACUCCUCGAUGCCUGACUGGGAUUUCGCCCUCCCCCUCCAAGCUCAAGAACUACAGUGGCUGAUACGUAUCUGGUCCCGAAAUGAAGGAAUUCUCCUCGCGGAGGGGAGGGGGAUCAUGAGUAAAUGAAAAAAAAAAAAA